ACCAGCGCUUGUUCUGUGAAGCAUCCGGAGCCCAGUAGGACCCAACAAAUCUAUUGCCCUCCUCAAGACCCUCAAAACUGUGAGUAUACCGAUUUGCACGUUCUCCGUGGAAAGUGUACUCUCCGGCGAGUCGAAUGCUGCCCGUUUUGGCCCUGUUCGUGCAAGAACUUUGGGUGGAUGCAUGCCGGUCUCUUGGGAUGCAUCACCAGCAUCGGACGGAUCCACUCGCUCGCUGGACUUUGCACUGUGCUGGGGUCCUGGGCGCAUUUCGCUGACUCUCGUUGCGCCUUAUAGCCCGCCAUGGUCAAGGUUCCAAUUGUCAAGAAGCGCACGAAGCCUUUCAAGCGCCACCAGUCCGAUCGUUAUAAGGGCCUAAAGGAGGCAUGGCGGAAACCCAAGGGUAUUGAUAACAGGGUCAGGCGUCGGUUCAAGGGUCAGCUUCCCAUGCCUAAGAUUGGUUAUGGUAGCAACAAGAGGACUCGUCACCUCCUUCCAAAUGGCCUGAAGAAGUUCUUGGUUAGCAACAUCAGGGAGGUCGAUCUUCUCUUGAUGCACAACAAAAGCUUUGCGGCCGAGAUCGCACACAACGUCAGCAGUCGUAACCGUAUCCAGAUCCUCGACAGGGCAAAGGUUUUGGGAGUGAAAGUCACCAACUCUGCGGCUCGUCUUCGGUCUGAGGAGUAAUUUUGUCGUCGCUUUCCGUGUUCCAUCUAUCAGCAUUCACUUUUCACAUAUUGCCAUGUAUCAUUUGCAUAUGCCGGGGAUAAUCCACCAUGCGACCAUGCUUCAGGCCCUC